AUGGAAAAUUUAAUUCAAUGGUUAAUGCUCAAAAUGAUAAAUUUCAAUGAUGUUGAUCGUACUAUAUUUGAACUGAUCCUAUGUGAAACUUUAUUAUCGUUGGUUUCUGCUUGUGUUCAAAAGGAAGAUUAUUUAUAUCGAAAAAUAACAAAUUCUCCAAAUUUUAAUAAAGUUCAAAUGAUUCAAUUGUUGGAGAAAAUGCUUAAUUAUCAUCCAUAUUUUCCAGCAAGAAAUAAUGCUUUUGUAUUACUUUCAGCUAUGGAGCAGUCCGAUCACAAAGUAAUUAUCAAUGCCAUGAACACAUUAUUUGAUGAAAAUGUUGUGAAAGAAUACUCUAUGAUUGGAGUUCCUCUUAUUCGUUCGCAUCACCUGAUG